AUGGCUCCUCAUCCCAACAAGCGGCAGAAUUCACUGCCCAGCAGCUUCAUAUCGAUUCAGGACUUACUAAAUCAUAAACGUGGAGUUGGAAACUUGGUGAACGUCAUUGGCAUCAUCAGAGACUUCAAACCCCCUAUUUCUACCAGGGGAAGUGAUUCGAAGUGUGAGAUUAGCCUGUAUGAUCGUUAUACCGAAGAUGGCUCGCUCGAUUCUCUUACACUCAACGUUUUCCGGCCAGCAAAUGAGAUGCCCAAUCCUGGACUUGGCGAUGUGAUUGUGCUGUUCCAGGCCAAGCUUCAAUCACACUCUGAUACCCUGUCACUCGUGACGCACUGGACUACGGAUAUUUAUUUGUAUUCAUCAAGCCAAAUUCCACAUCCACCAGAGGGUGCCUUGAAGGCGCUCCGCCCCCAGCCCAGAAAGACAACCCACAAUCCCGGACAGCCAAUCCAUGAAUACGUCUCAGUUCUCUAUCACUCAAUCGAUAAGAGCUGCAUACCAUCUGAAGCAGAGUUUCAGGACAUCAAAGCGAAAUCUAUUACUGUCAAUGAGAAAUUCAAGGAGCUCAAAGAUAUCCGGGUUGACACAUUUGUCGAUGUGAUAGUCCAACUGGUCAGACAGCCGUACGAUACCGGCGACAGAAUCACCCUCUGGAUAUCUGACUACACUGAGAACGACAGCUUCUUUCAUUUUGCAUGGAAGGGACCUGUUCUUGCAGACAGGCCCGCCGAUCCCUAUGGGUACGAAUCCGUCAUGCCAUAUGGCGCAAGCUCCGGAGGGGAAUGGAAAGGUCCGUUUGGGAAAAGAAGCAUGCAAGUCACCUGUUUUGAUCCGCACACGACAUUCAUCAGAGAGCAAGGGCUUUCUUUCGGAUCAUGGGUUAUGCUUCGAAAUCUUCAGAUAAAAUAUGGACGCAACGGCGCAAAUCUCGAGGGCUUCUUGCGGGAAGACAGAGGUUCUUCAGGUCUAAAGAUUAACAUCACGCAGAUGGAUAUCACAGACACAGAGUCUCUUGAUCCUCGCCUCAAAGAGGCUGUUCGCCGUAAGCGUGACUAUCAAGAGUUGAAGAAGGAUCAAAUGCAGCAGAUCUUCAACGCAUCAAUGGCUGGAAAGAAGAGAAAGAGUGACUUGGCUGAGAUGGAGACCACACCCAGCGAUAAGCCAAGGAGGAAUAGAAAAAAAACAAAGAAGAAGUCUAUGGGACAUGACGAGUCUGUGACAUCGUCAGCUGUAGUUUCUACUGUAUCCUCCCUAACAGGAUCAGUCAAAUGCGAAUACGAAAACAAACCCAUCAGCACCUUCGAGGAGAUUUUAAAUCCCAUAUACCUUAAAACGAAAGUAAACGGUCAGCAAGUCGAACUACAGCUUCCUUUUGUAAACUUGAACUACCGCGCGGACGUGCGAGUCGUCAACUUCAUGCCUCCUGAUCUCAGGGAUUUUGCUAAGCCAAAAAAGAUCUCGGAAUAUGGGAUGCUCUCUGAUCAUGAGGAGUCGGAUGCAAAUUCCGACGAGGAUAGAGAGUCAAUAGCGGAUCGUGCCGCCGUGCGACAAUGGGAAUGGCGAUUCUUCUUGGAAUUGGAAGACGCCAAUGCUCCCAAAGACCAUCGGGAAAAGAAGAAAACUCUUUGGGUCGCAGUGAAUAACUCUUCUGCGCAGUGUCUUUUGGACCUGGACGCCUCUGAUUUGCAUGAAGAUCAGGAGAAUCUCGAUACCCUGCGUCAUCGACUAUUCUUUUUAUGGGGAGAACUAGAAGACAAGAAGAGCAUCGGAGAAGAAAACAAACGCCACGCAGAUCAGGUAGCUCUGGCGAACAGAGAUUCGAAUCGGCCUCCGUUGCACAGUUCCGACGAUGAGAGCAUUGCGCCGCAGAAGCAAGACAUAGAACUAAGAUCGUCGCAAAUCAGCAACACGCCGUUUAGUUGCUGUAUUCGCCAAUACGGAGUUAAAGUCCUCGAACAAGAUCCCGCGAAGGCGGACGCAGGCGAAGGCAAGAGGUGGCAGCGAAUGUUUGGAUUGUUUGGAACCAGAAUUACAUCUACCUAAGUUGAACUUUGCAAGAGCGAGAAACCCAUACGUCAACGGGGCGUUUUUUUUUUUUUUUUGACACGACGUUUUACGAUGUAAUAGAUGACGACAUAUUGGAGGAACCAGUGAGGUGGGAUAUUUUCAUGUUAAAAAGAAGAAGCUUGAAAAGUACUAUUAUCGAUUUGUUGGAUAUCUUUUACACGUUAAUUUGCUGGCACUUCCAUUGCUACUAGAAUUGUAGCCGCGCGACUUUCAGCCAAAUCAAUCUCUAAACCUCUCUCAAAUGUCCUUUUG